AUGGCCACGCCGCUGCUCAACGGUUCUCCUGUCCCCACCGCCCUGAAAGCCCAGGGCCAUCCUAGCGCAAACGCCGACAUUGUCGUCCCUUCCAAUGCUACAACAAUUAUCUCUACCGCCAAGGCUACCGGGCCCAAUGACCAAAUAGCUGCAAGCAUCACUGCGCCGACUGCGGAUGCUGUCGCGGGGACUGUCGUGAUCAUCUACUGCCAGAACCAAGAGCAUAUCGUACAACUGGUCGCGGAGGUUCUGGGAAAAUCGUGGACAACGGACACAUCUCUUGGGACGCUCACACGAGUCAGCAAUGCAGUGGUGGUGGGGAUACCAGCGCGCGACCUAGCGCGAAGCUUCCAAGGAUUUGAGCGAUCAUCUCUGGUUCUGGUAAACACACAUUGUGUGGAAGGCGGGUCUGCGCCGGACGACUCGCUCACCGAGAGCUGUGAUUAUGAGUUUUUAUAUUCGCGGAGUCCGUUCCUGCGGCGGGAUCUAUCGCGGUUUUUGUCUUUAAUAUUUGGUCAGACUAGGCCGCAUGACGAUUUGCGGACGAAAACCAGGACGAAUUUUAUCUCGACUACUUUUCCUGAUGUGCACGCUGCUUUGCCGAAUUUGGAUAUCCUGUCUGUGGGAUCUGAUGCUGUUGAAAUCCGUGUGGAUUUGCUUGUUGAGCCUGUGCCAGAGGGCUGGACCACUCCACCUUUUCCGAGUUUGAAGUAUGUUGGUCAGCAACUGAUGUUGUUACGGCAGCAUACCGAGUUGCCGAUUAUCUUUACUGUUCGUUGUACUAGAGAGAACGGGAAGUUUCCGGUGGAUGACCCUGCGCUCUUUUACAAGUACCUGCGGCGAGCGAUACAGUGGGGAGUCGAGUAUAUCGACGUGGAACUGUGGCUGCCAGAAGAGAUCCGACGCCGGCUAUUUGAGAAAAAGGGCCAUAGUAUGAUUUUAUCUGCGUUCCAUGACUUCUCUGGAACCUGGAAGUGGACAUCCGAAAAGGCGCAGCGUAUAUUCACAGAAAGCGCUAAAUACGCUGACAUCGUGAAGAUGAUCGCCAUGGUCCACACAAUCGAGGAGAACUACGAACUAGAAUAUUUCCGCUCUACCAUCAAAAGCCGCGGCUCCGGCCCCCCCCUGUCAGCAGUCAACAUGGGCCAAAUGGGCCAGCUAUCUCGAGCCCUCAACACCGUCUUCUCUCCAAUCACCCACCCCCUCCUCCCAAUAAUUGCCGCCCCGGGGCAGCUCACAGCAGCGGAGAUCAACGAAGCCCUACACAUAAUGGGCCAACUCCCCAAACGCGAGCUCUACGCCAUAGGCUCAUUCCGAUCAACCCCACACUCAAUGUUCAUGGAGAAAUGCCUCAAUGAACUCGGCCUCCCGCACAACUUCACCUCAGUCGCCCGCGGCCCCAAAGGCUCCAUGGAAUCUGUCCUCCUACAACCGCACUUCGGCGGCGCCUACCUCAACCCCCCAGUCCCAGCCACAACUGGGUUCAUCCCCGCCGUCAGCGACGCAGCCCGCGCAAUCGGCUUAGUCGACACUAUCGCCAUGACACCGGGCGAAGCCGCACCAGGAACCUCUCGAUUCAUCGGCGAAAACGCCGCCUGGAAGGGCAUCCGUGCAACUCUGACGCGCGAACACGUUCCAUCCGCGUACAGCAGUCGCGCAGCCAUCAUUCUCGCUGGCUCCCAAGCCGACGCCUCGGCAGCGAUUUUCGCGCUACGCAGUCUGGCCGUUGGCACAAUCUACACGGUCGGAUUUAAAGCGAGUGGCCCGCUCGCUGUGGGCCUCGAACCUUUCACGUCAAUCCAAUCCGUCAAACGGGUGGGGCGUCCUUUUGUUAUUGUCUCUGCGCUGCCACCAGAGAAAUCGCUGCUGGUGCAGCCUCUGCUGAGGCAUUAUGGUGUUAAUGGUCGUUCUUUGUCGCCUUCGACUCGUGGCAAGGUCUAUCUUGACCUUACGAGUGGGCCGAGGAAGGGGGAUCCUUUGGCUGUUGCUACUUGUGCAGGGUGGACGGCGUAUGGAGUUGAGGAUGUUAGUGCUUGGACUACUGUUGAGACGCUGAGGUUGCUUGUUGGGCAGAAUGUGCCGUUUGACUUUGUGCGUAUGGCGUCUGGGCGGCCUUUGUUUUAG